AUGGGGAUAAAAAUCAAGGAGACAAUGAAGCGUUCACUCAUCCAGACCGCGCACCGAAUCCAGCGUGGAUCUUGUCGGAAUUUCGAGCGCUGCUGCUCAAUGGGUACUUCAACCCGGGACUGA